AUGAGUGCAAUUGAACUGUCUGAUGCGCAGAUGCUGACAGCUGCAAAGGUUCUUGUGAAGUCUCUGCCAGAGACUGCACUGGAGGAUCUGAGUGAGAAGCUGAAGGACUUGGUGAAGUCUUUCAGUGGCUGCACGGCAGAAGCAGCCGCCAUAGUGCUCAGGGCGUUGCACGGGCGCCAGCGGCAGUCUUGGCAGCUGCCAGCAGCCCGACGCUUGCUAUCCACGAGUGAAGACACCGAAGUGCCAGAGUGGCUCCUGCAACAUGCAGUGCUUUGGUGGCCCGAGCUUCAACAAGUACCUGGUGGUUCCAAGAAGUUGCAGGACUUUGUAGAGAAAGUGCAGAAGAGCUAUAGAGCCUCUUGUUCACCAAGAGACCUUUUGGCCCAAAAGCUGCUUCUGAGCAUGGAAGAUACGGACGAUGGACAAAGACCUCAAAGACCUUGGUCUUUCCGCUCCUGGGCGCAGAAUCUGAAACCUUGGAUUGCUUCUUGGGAGUGGGACUUAGAUCAACGCAGACUUCGGGCGACCACGGAUCACUUCCGCUUCAACCGGCUCGCAGAGGGCGACGCGUCUCCCUACUCUGACGCAUGGAAUCAGACUCUGGACAAAGCUGCCGAGAGUGACUCCUAUGACAUUGCUUACUUGCUCCCCUUCCUUGCGGGUCAGCUCAGGUUAACAUACCAGGAAAGUCAUGGUGUGGCCUCGCAGACGUUGGGGGCCACCCUGAAUGCUGUGAUGUGUGGUGGAACGCUGGAAAUACUCUUGCUGUCCACUGCUUGCAGCAAUGGGAUGCUUCGUGCUUGUGCUUUCGAGGCGCUCUCGAUCGUGCUUGCAAUGUCUUACUUUUGGAACGUGACCAGCUUCGAGAAGGACGAGGUGAACAAACGCCUGCCUUUUCGGGAGCUCCCGGAACUGGUUCGUUUGUUGUGCUUCGUGCGUGAUGGGAUUGAAGCUCCAGAGGAUGGUUUCCCUCCGACUCUGCCACGACUGGCGGCUUCCUUUUUUUGCAGCGUGCGUGCCAAUUCUGAUUCAGCCCCAGCACAUGCUCUAUCAAAUGUUGGCAAAGUAUCUCUUUGGGAAACCGAUGGCCGAUUUCCAGGCGAGCUCGUACGUUCCGGGUUCUGUAGAUUUGCAGCUUGUUUCUGCUCGCCACGCUAG